AUGAAGGCUGAGGUGGCUUUAUUGGCUGUGGUUUUCGUGGCUGUUGGUGCAUUUCCAACCUCACCGGUCCUGCCCCCGUUGAUCCCGCUCCCCAGACCGAGGUCAACGAUCACUCACUCGAGCAGGACCCACGCAGCCAGCUGUCAUUUUGCGUCUGCUCAGUCAGACAAAGGCUACUCCUCAAUCGGACCAGAUGGAACCAGGGUUACAUCCAAUGAGAAACUUAGUAGUGCUGAAGAGAAAGAAGGCCAUCAGUAUACCCACGGCGACCACGGGAUUUCAUCAGACGGCCAUGGUGGCCACUCCAGCUGGGGCUUAGACGGAGACCAUCGCAGCGAAAGCGAGGGCAAAUCUGCAGAGAUAGAUAAAAAAAUUGUCGUAAAAGAUAAGAGAGGAACGCGUGUGCAGAAGGAAAGGGGAAGCAGUGCUUCAGAUAAAUCUGCUUACGACGUCUCUCACAAGCGAUACAAGACCGUGGCCGAUGGCAAGGGUGGAUAUAAAAGCGAUACAAGCCAUGAAAGGCAAGUAGGAAAAUCCCAAGGUUCAUCCGCAGCCAGUGACAAGGUUUUAAAGAUAAGAAAAAACGAUGGAACCUGGGUUAGAUCCAGUGAAACGGCUAAAAGUGCUGCAAAGAAGGACAGCCAUCAGUAUACCCACGGCGACCACGGGAUUUCAUCAGACAGCCAUGGUGGCCACUCCAGCUGGGGCUUAGAAGGAGACCAUCGUAGCAAAAGCGAGGGCAAAUCUGCAGAGUUUGAUAAAAAAAUAGUCGUAAAAGAUAAGAGAGGAACGCGUGUGCAGAAGGAAAGGGGAAGCAGUGCUUCAGAUAAAUCUGCUUACGACGUCGCUCACAAGCGAUACAAGACCGUGGCCGAUGGCAAGGGUGGAUAUAAAAGCGAUACAAGCCAUGAAAGGAAAGUAGGAAAAUCCCAAGGUUCAUCCGCAGCCAGUGACAAGGUUUUAAAGAUAACAAAAAACGAUGGAACCUGGGUUAGAUCCAGUGAAGCGGCUAAAAGUGCUGCAAGGAAGGACAGCCAUCAGUAUACCCACGGUGACCACGGGAUUUCAUCAGACAGCCAUGGUGGCCACUCCAGCUGGGGAUUAGAAGGAGACCAUCGCAGCGAAAGCGAGGGCAAAUCUGCAGAGUUUGAUAAAAAAUCAGUCGUAAAAGAUAAGAGAGGAACGCGUGUGCAGAAGGAAAGAGGAAGCAGUGCUUCAGAUAAAUCUGCUUACGACGUCGCUCACAAGCGAUACAAGACCGUGGCCGAUGGCAAGGGUGGAUAUAAAAGCGAUACAAGCCAUGAAAGGAAAGUAGGAAAAUCCCAAGGUUCAUCCGCAGCCAGUGACAAGGUUUUAAAGAUAACAAAAAACGAUGGAACCUGGGUUAGAUCCAGUGAAGCGGCUAAAAGUGCUGCAAGGAAGGACAGCCAUCAGUAUACCCACGGUGACCACGGGAUUUCAUCAGACAGCCAUGGUGGCCACUCCAGCUGGGGAUUAGAAGGAGACCAUCGCAGCGAAAGCGAGGGCAAAUCUGCAGAGUUUGAUAAAAAAUCAGUCGUAAAAGAUAAGAGAGGAACGCGUGUGCAGAAGGAAAGAGGAAGCAGUGCUUCAGAUAAAUCUGCUUACGACGUCGCUCACAAGCGAUACAAGACCGUGGCCGAUGGCAAGGGUGGAUAUAAAAGCGAUACAAGCCAUGAAAGGCAUGUAGGGAAAUCCACAGGUUCAUCCGCAGCCAGUGACAAGGUUUUAAAGAUAACAAAAAACGAUGGAACCUGGGUUAGAUCCAGUGAAGCGGCUAAAAGUGCUGCAAGGAAGGACAGCCAUCAGUAUACCCACGGUGACCACGGGAUUUCAUCAGACAGCCAUGGUGGCCACUCCAGCUGGGGCUUAGAAGGAGACCAUCGUAGCAAAAGCGAGGGCAAAUCUGCAGAGUUUGAUAAAAAAUCAGUCGUAAAAGAUAAGAGAGGAACGCGUGUGCAGAAGGAAAGAGGAAGCAGUGCUUCAGAUAAAUCUGCUUACGACGUCGCUCACAAGCGAUACAAGACCGUGGCCGAUGGCAAGGGUGGAUAUAAAAGCGAUACAAGCCAUGAAAGGCAUGUAGGGAAAUCCACAGGUUCAUCCGCAGCCAGUGACAAGGUUUUAAAGAUAACAAAAAACGAUGGAACCUGGGUUAGAUCCAGUGAAGCGGCUAAAAGUGCUGCAAGGAAGGACAGCCAUCAGUAUACCCACGGUGACCACGGGAUUUCAUCAGACAGCCAUGGUGGCCACUCCAGCUGGGGCUUAGAAGGAGACCAUCGUAGCAAAAGCGAGGGCAAAUCUGCAGAGUUUGAUAAAAAAUCAGUCGUAAAAGAUAAGAGAGGAACGCGUGUGCAGAAGGAAAGAGGAAGCAGUGCUUCAGAUAAAUCUGCUUACGACGUCGCUCACAAGCGAUACAAGACCGUGGCCGAUGGCAAGGGUGGAUAUAAAAGCGAUACAAGCCAUGAAAGGAAAGUAGGAAAAUCCCAAGGUUCAUCCGCAGCCAGUGACAAGGUUUUAAAGAUAACAAAAAACGAUGGAACCUGGGUUAGAUCCAGUGAAGCGGCUAAAAGUGCUGCAAGGAAGGACAGCCAUCAGUAUACCCACGGUGACCACGGGAUUUCAUCAGACAGCCAUGGUGGCCACUCCAGCUGGGGAUUAGAAGGAGACCAUCGCAGCGAAAGCGAGGGCAAAUCUGCAGAGUUUGAUAAAAAAUCAGUCGUAAAAGAUAAGAGAGGAACGCGUGUGCAGAAGGAAAGAGGAAGCAGUGCUUCAGAUAAAUCUGCUUACGACGUCGCUCACAAGCGAUACAAGACCGUGGCCGAUGGCAAGGGUGGAUAUAAAAGCGAUACAAGCCAUGAAAGGAAAGUAGGAAAAUCCCAAGGUUCAUCCGCAGCCAGUGACAAGGUUUUAAAGAUAACAAAAAACGAUGGAACCUGGGUUAGAUCCAGUGAAGCGGCUAAAAGUGCUGCAAGGAAGGACAGCCAUCAGUAUACCCACGGUGACCACGGGAUUUCAUCAGACAGCCAUGGUGGCCACUCCAGCUGGGGAUUAGAAGGAGACCAUCGCAGCGAAAGCGAGGGCAAAUCUGCAGAGUUUGAUAAAAAAUCAGUCGUAAAAGAUAAGAGAGGAGCGCGUGUGCAGAAGGAAAGAGGAAGCAGUGCUUCAGAUAAAUCUGCUUACGACGUCGCUCACAAGCGAUACAAGACCGUGGCCGAUGGCAAGGGUGGAUAUAAAAGCGAUACAAGCCAUGAAAGGCAUGUAGGGAAAUCCACAGGUUCAUCCGCAGCCAGUGACAAGGUUUUAAAGAUAACAAAAAACGAUGGAACCUGGGUUAGAUCCAGUGAAGCGGCUAAAAGUGCUGCAAGGAAGGACAGCCAUCAGUAUACCCACGGUGACCACGGGAUUUCAUCAGACAGCCAUGGUGGCCACUCCAGCUGGGGCUUAGAAGGAGACCAUCGUAGCAAAAGCGAGGGCAAAUCUGCAGAGUUUGAUAAAAAAAUAGUCGUAAAAGAUAAGAGAGGAAGGCGUGUGCAGAAGGAAAGGGGAAGCAGUGCUUCAGAUAAAUCUGCUUACGACGUCGCUCACAAGCGAUACAAGACCGUGGCCGAUGGCAAGGGUGGAUAUAAAAGCGAUACAAGCCAUGAAAGGCAAGUAGGAAAAUCCCAAGGUUCAUCCGCAGCCAGUGACAAGGUUUUAAAGAUAAGAAAAAACGAUGGAACCUGGGUUAGAUCCAGUGAAACGGCUAAAAGUGCUGCAAAGAAGGACAGCCAUCAGUAUACCCACGGCGACCACGGGAUUUCAUCAGACAGCCAUGGUGGCCACUCCAGCUGGGGCUUAGAAGGAGACCAUCGUAGCAAAAGCGAGGGCAAAUCUGCAGAGUUUGAUAAAAAAAUAGUCGUAAAAGAUAAGAGAGGAACGCGUGUGCAGAAGGAAAGGGGAAGCAGUGCUUCAGAUAAAUCUGCUUACGACGUCGCUCACAAGCGAUACAAGACCGUGGCCGAUGGCAAGGGUGGAUAUAAAAGCGAUACAAGCCAUGAAAGGAAAGUAGGAAAAUCCCAAGGUUCAUCCGCAGCCAGUGACAAGGUUUUAAAGAUAACAAAAAACGAUGGAACCUGGGUUAGAUCCAGUGAAGCGGCUAAAAGUGCUGCAAGGAAGGACAGCCAUCAGUAUACCCACGGUGACCACGGGAUUUCAUCAGACAGCCAUGGUGGCCACUCCAGCUGGGGAUUAGAAGGAGACCAUCGCAGCGAAAGCGAGGGCAAAUCUGCAGAGUUUGAUAAAAAAUCAGUCGUAAAAGAUAAGAGAGGAACGCGUGUGCAGAAGGAAAGAGGAAGCAGUGCUUCAGAUAAAUCUGCUUACGACGUCGCUCACAAGCGAUACAAGACCGUGGCCGAUGGCAAGGGUGGAUAUAAAAGCGAUACAAGCCAUGAAAGGAAAGUAGGAAAAUCCCAAGGUUCAUCCGCAGCCAGUGACAAGGUUUUAAAGAUAACAAAAAACGAUGGAACCUGGGUUAGAUCCAGUGAAGCGGCUAAAAGUGCUGCAAGGAAGGACAGCCAUCAGUAUACCCACGGUGACCACGGGAUUUCAUCAGACAGCCAUGGUGGCCACUCCAGCUGGGGAUUAGAAGGAGACCAUCGCAGCGAAAGCGAGGGCAAAUCUGCAGAGUUUGAUAAAAAAUCAGUCGUAAAAGAUAAGAGAGGAACGCGUGUGCAGAAGGAAAGAGGAAGCAGUGCUUCAGAUAAAUCUGCUUACGACGUCGCUCACAAGCGAUACAAGACCGUGGCCGAUGGCAAGGGUGGAUAUAAAAGCGAUACAAGCCAUGAAAGGCAUGUAGGGAAAUCCACAGGUUCAUCCGCAGCCAGUGACAAGGUUUUAAAGAUAACAAAAAACGAUGGAACCUGGGUUAGAUCCAGUGAAGCGGCUAAAAGUGCUGCAAGGAAGGACAGCCAUCAGUAUACCCACGGUGACCACGGGAUUUCAUCAGACAGCCAUGGUGGCCACUCCAGCUGGGGCUUAGAAGGAGACCAUCGUAGCAAAAGCGAGGGCAAAUCUGCAGAGUUUGAUAAAAAAUCAGUCGUAAAAGAUAAGAGAGGAACGCGUGUGCAGAAGGAAAGAGGAAGCAGUGCUUCAGAUAAAUCUGCUUACGACGUCGCUCACAAGCGAUACAAGACCGUGGCCGAUGGCAAGGGUGGAUAUAAAAGCGAUACAAGCCAUGAAAGGCAUGUAGGGAAAUCCACAGGUUCAUCCGCAGCCAGUGACAAGGUUUUAAAGAUAACAAAAAACGAUGGAACCUGGGUUAGAUCCAGUGAAGCGGCUAAAAGUGCUGCAAGGAAGGACAGCCAUCAGUAUACCCACGGUGACCACGGGAUUUCAUCAGACAGCCAUGGUGGCCACUCCAGCUGGGGCUUAGAAGGAGACCAUCGUAGCAAAAGCGAGGGCAAAUCUGCAGAGUUUGAUAAAAAAUCAGUCGUAAAAGAUAAGAGAGGAACGCGUGUGCAGAAGGAAAGAGGAAGCAGUGCUUCAGAUAAAUCUGCUUACGACGUCGCUCACAAGCGAUACAAGACCGUGGCCGAUGGCAAGGGUGGAUAUAAAAGCGAUACAAGCCAUGAAAGGAAAGUAGGAAAAUCCCAAGGUUCAUCCGCAGCCAGUGACAAGGUUUUAAAGAUAACAAAAAACGAUGGAACCUGGGUUAGAUCCAGUGAAGCGGCUAAAAGUGCUGCAAGGAAGGACAGCCAUCAGUAUACCCACGGUGACCACGGGAUUUCAUCAGACAGCCAUGGUGGCCACUCCAGCUGGGGAUUAGAAGGAGACCAUCGCAGCGAAAGCGAGGGCAAAUCUGCAGAGUUUGAUAAAAAAUCAGUCGUAAAAGAUAAGAGAGGAACGCGUGUGCAGAAGGAAAGAGGAAGCAGUGCUUCAGAUAAAUCUGCUUACGACGUCGCUCACAAGCGAUACAAGACCGUGGCCGAUGGCAAGGGUGGAUAUAAAAGCGAUACAAGCCAUGAAAGGAAAGUAGGAAAAUCCCAAGGUUCAUCCGCAGCCAGUGACAAGGUUUUAAAGAUAACAAAAAACGAUGGAACCUGGGUUAGAUCCAGUGAAGCGGCUAAAAGUGCUGCAAGGAAGGACAGCCAUCAGUAUACCCACGGUGACCACGGGAUUUCAUCAGACAGCCAUGGUGGCCACUCCAGCUGGGGAUUAGAAGGAGACCAUCGCAGCGAAAGCGAGGGCAAAUCUGCAGAGUUUGAUAAAAAAUCAGUCGUAAAAGAUAAGAGAGGAGCGCGUGUGCAGAAGGAAAGAGGAAGCAGUGCUUCAGAUAAAUCUGCUUACGACGUCGCUCACAAGCGAUACAAGACCGUGGCCGAUGGCAAGGGUGGAUAUAAAAGCGAUACAAGCCAUGAAAGGCAUGUAGGGAAAUCCACAGGUUCAUCCGCAGCCAGUGACAAGGUUUUAAAGAUAACAAAAAACGAUGGAACCUGGGUUAGAUCCAGUGAAGCGGCUAAAAGUGCUGCAAGGAAGGACAGCCAUCAGUAUACCCACGGUGACCACGGGAUUUCAUCAGACAGCCAUGGUGGCCACUCCAGCUGGGGCUUAGAAGGAGACCAUCGUAGCAAAAGCGAGGGCAAAUCUGCAGAGUUUGAUAAAAAAAUAGUCGUAAAAGAUAAGAGAGGAAGGCGUGUGCAGAAGGAAAGGGGAAGCAGUGCUUCAGAUAAAUCUGCUUACGACGUCGCUCACAAGCGAUACAAGACCGUGGCCGAUGGCAAGGGUGGAUAUAAAAGCGAUACAAGCCAUGAAAGGAAAGUAGGAAAAUCCCAAGGUUCAUCCGCAGCCAGUGACAAGGUUUUAAAGAUAACAAAAAACGAUGGAACCUGGGUUAGAUCCAGUGAAGCGGCUAAAAGUGCUGCAAGGAAGGACAGCCAUCAGUAUACCCACGGUGACCACGGGAUUUCAUCAGACAGCCAUGGUGGCCACUCCAGCUGGGGCUUAGAAGGAGACCAUCGCAGCGAAAGCGAGGGCAAAUCUGCAGAGAUAGAUAAAAAAUCAGUCGUAAAAGAUAAGAGAGGAACGCGUGUGCAGAAGGAAAGAGGAAGCAGUGCUUCAGAUAAAUCUGCUUACGACGUCGCUCACAAGCGAUACAAGACCGUGGCCGAUGGCAAGGGCGGAUAUAAAAGCGAUACAAGCCAUGAAAGGCAUGUAGGAAAAACAGAAGGAUCAUCCGCAGCCAGUGACAUGGUUUUGAAAAUAACAAAAAACGAUGGAACCUGGGUUAGAUCCAGUGAAGCGGCUAAAAGUGCUGCAAGGAAGGACAGCCAUCAGUAUACCCACGGUGACCACGGGAUUUCAUCAGACAGCCAUGGUGGCCACUCCAGCUGGGGCUUAGAAGGAGACCAUCGUAGCAAAAGCGAGGGCAAAUCUGCAGAGUUUGAUAAAAAAUCAGUCGUAAAAGAUAAGAGAGGAACGCGUGUGCAGAAGGAAAGAGGAAGCAGUGCUUCAGAUAAAUCUGCUUACGACGUCGCUCACAAGCGAUACAAGACCGUGGCCGAUGGCAAGGGUGGAUAUAAAAGCGAUACAAGCCAUGAAAGGCAUGUAGGGAAAUCCACAGGUUCAUCCGCAGCCAGUGACAAGGUUUUAAAGAUAACAAAAAACGAUGGAACCUGGGUUAGAUCCAGUGAAGCGGCUAAAAGUGCUGCAAGGAAGGACAGCCAUCAGUAUACCCACGGUGACCACGGGAUUUCAUCAGACAGCCAUGGUGGCCACUCCAGCUGGGGCUUAGAAGGAGACCAUCGUAGCAAAAGCGAGGGCAAAUCUGCAGAGUUUGAUAAAAAAAUAGUCGUAAAAGAUAAGAGAGGAACGCGUGUGCAGAAGGAAAGGGGAAGCAGUGCUUCAGAUAAAUCUGCUUACGACGUCGCUCACAAGCGAUACAAGACCGUGGCCGAUGGCAAGGGUGGAUAUAAAAGCGAUACAAGCCAUGAAAGGAAAGUAGGAAAAUCCCAAGUUUCAUCCGCAGCCAGUGACAAGGUUUUAAAGAUAACAAAAAACGAUGGAACCUGGGUUAGAUCCAGUGAAGCGGCUAAAAGUGCUGCAAGGAAGGACAGCCAUCAGUAUACCCACGGUGACCACGGGAUUUCAUCAGACAGCCAUGGUGGCCACUCCAGCUGGGGCUUAGAAGGAGACCAUCGUAGCAAAAGCGAGGGCAAAUCUGCAGAGUUUGAUAAAAAAAUAGUCGUAAAAGAUAAGAGAGGAACGCGUGUGCAGAAGGAAAGGGGAAGCAGUGCUUCAGAUAAAUCUGCUUACGACGUCGCUCACAAGCGAUACAAGACCGUGGCCGAUGGCAAGGGUGGAUAUAAAAGCGAUACAAGCCAUGAAAGGCAAGUAGGAAAAUCCCAAGGUUCAUCCGCAGCCAGUGACAAGGUUUUAAAGAUAACAAAAAACGAUGGAACCUGGGUUAGAUCCAGUGAAGCGGCUAAAAGUGCUGCAAGGAAGGACAGCCAUCAGUAUACCCACGGUGACCACGGGAUUUCAUCAGACGGCCAUGGUGGCCACUCCAGCUGGGGCUUAGAAGGAGACCAUCGCAGCGAAAGCGAGGGCAAAUCUGCAGAGAUAGAUACAAAAUCAGUCGUAAAAGAUAAGAGCGGAACGCGUGUGCAGAAGGAACACGGAAGCAGUGCUUCAGAUAAAUCUGCUUACGAAGACGUUCACAAGGGAUACAAGACCGUGGUCGACGGUAAGGGUGGAUACGAAAGCGAUAGACACGUUGAUAAGCAAGUAGGAAAUUCCCAAGGUGUAUCCGCAUAUAUUGACAAGGUUGUAAAGAUAGUAAAUAAGCACAAUUCCUCGAUCAGAGCCAAAGAGCAAGCCGCGAGUGCCUCACGGGAUAAUAGCAGUGAGAAAUCACAUUCGCAACAGAAAACUAAACUUAAUGCUGAUGGCUAUGAAUCUUCCAACACCUACUCUAAAGAUUUGGCAUCUGACCGUGCAGCGUCAAACUCCCAUAAGAAAGAAUAUCAAUUAGUAGGAAAUAAAAGAGAAUCAGUUACAAUAUCAGAUGAGGGAGCAGCAGCGUCCAAAGAAACUCGAAAUUCUGGUGAUUACAUUAACCAAAACACCUACUCAAAUAAAUAUGGAUCUGGAACCUAUAAUUCUAAAGGCACACAUGCUUCUAUUGAUAAACAGGCAUCAGACUCCCAUGACAAGAAAUAUAAAUCUGUAGGGAGAAAGGGAGAAUCGGUCACAACAGUAGACCAGCGAGCCAGCGCGUCACGAGAAAAUCAAUAUUCGGGUACUCAUAAUGACCAGGGUACUAGCUCAGGCAAGGACGGGUCCCACAAUAGUUGGGGCUCCAGAGGAAAGAAUGCUGGCAUAUCUAAACAGGCUUCCGACUCUCACAACCAAGAGUACCAAUCAGUGGGGGAAAACGGCGAAUCCGUCAAAUCAGUAGAUACGGGGGAACGGGCGUCGACAGAAAACCGCAAUUCUGGUAACUACAAUAACAACAACAAGUACGAUGCUCCAAAUGGGUCUGGUACCUCUAGUAAUGAAGGCAACUACGCUUCAGCAGAUAAACAAGCAUCAGAUUCCCAUAACCGGGAAUAUCAAUCGGUAGGAAAAUCGGGAGAAUUAGUCAGAAGUACGGACCAGAGAGCGGGCGCGUCCAAAGAAACUCGAAAUUCUGGUGAUUACGUUAACCAAAACACCUACUCAAAUAAAUAUGGAUCUGGAACCUAUAAUUCUAAAGGCACACAUGCUUCUGUUGAUAAACAGGCAUCAGACUCCCAUGACAAGAAAUAUAAAUCUGUAGGGAGAAAGGGAGAAUCGGUCACAACAGUAGACCAGCGAGCCAGCGCGUCACGAGAAAAUCAAUAUUCGGGUACUCAUAAUGACCAGGGUACUAGCUCAGGCAAGGACGGGUCCCACAAUCGUUGGGGCUCCAGAGGAAAGAAUGCUGGCAUAUCUAAACAGGCUUCCGACUCUCAUAACCAAGAGUACCAAUCAGUGGGGGAAAACGGGGAAUCCGUCAAAUCAUUAGAUAGAAGAGCACGGGCGUCGACAGAAAACCGCAAUUCUGGUAACUAUAAUAACAAUAACAAGUACGAUGGUCCAAAUGGGUCUGGUACCUCCAGUAAUGAAGGCAACUACGCUUCAGCAGAUAAACAGGCAUCAGAUUUCCAUAACCGGGAAUAUCAAUCAGUAGGAAAAUCGGGAGAAUCAGUCAGAAGUACGGACCAGAGAGCGGGCGCGUCCAAAGAAAGCGGGUACUCAGGCACCUACAUUGGCCAAAGCGCUUACAAAGGUCCUCAAGGUUCCGGUAAAUCUAGUUCUGAAGGCACCAACGCUUCAGCCGAUAAACAGGCUUCAAACUCCCACAACAAACAUUAUGAAUCCAUAGGGAAAGGUGGGAAAUCAGUAUUAAGAACAAAUGAUACCGGAUCAGCAGCUUCUAAACAAAGUGGAAACUCAGGUUCCUACCGUAACCAAAUGACCAACAAUAACAAUGAUGGUAGCUCAAGUAGCUCGAGAUCAACCGGCGACUACGCUUCGGCGAGCGACGCGGCAUCGAAGUCACGCGACCAAUCAUACGAGUCUAUCGGAAAAGAUGGAAAGUACACUUACAUUCGUAACACUGGUGACGCUGCUUCCGAAAGCAGCGGCAGUUCCAGUAACAACAAAAACCAAGGCACUUCAAAUAACGCUGACGGUAGCUCAGAAUCCUGGAAUAUAAAAGACAACGCCGCGACGGCUCACAAAGCCGCAUCUGACAGCAACAAGUCAGUUUUAAUCGAGAAGAACCCGGACGGUUCCUCAAGACUGAAGACUUCAGAAACAGCGAACGCCAGCGUGGAUGAUGGCAGCUCUUCCGACAACCAGUCAAGCAGGACUUCCGUUGGAGCCGAUGGUAGCACGACUAGCGUCAACUCUAAAUCUUCAAACGCCAGCAAGACUUCUGCCUCAUCUAGUUCUUCUGAAACAGUGGAAGUCAUUAAUUCCUAG